UCCUUUUAGCUUGAUUCCAAUACGCAGCAUGUGGCAACUGGUGACUAUAGUGGCGACCGUAUCGGUCGCUCACGGCGGUCAAGAAGUAGCAUUCACGCAAGACUGGUGGGAGAGUGCCCUCAUAUACCAGAUCUACGUCCGUUCGUUCCUCGACACAGAUGGCGAUGGGGUUGGUGAUAUAAGAGGCAUUAUAUCCCGCUUGCCGCAGCUAAGCGAGUUGAAUAUUGAUGCGAUAUGUCUGUCCCCAAUCUUCAAAUCUCCACAAAACGACUUUGGUUUCGACAUAUCCGAUUACUACUCUAUCCAUUCCGAAUUCGGAACCAGCUUCGACUUUGAGGAACUUAUAAGAGAAGCACAAAAAAAGAAUAUUAAGGUCCUCCUGGACUUUGUCCCUAACCACACUAGCAACGAAAGUGACUGGUUCAGGAGAGCAGUUAGCAGAGACGAGUAUUACUUCGACUGGUAUGUCUGGGGGGAAGGCUAUUUAGACACCACCGGCCAACGUCGUCCUCCCAACAACUGGAUAAGCGUGUUCAGGAAAAGUGCUUGGGAAUAUGAAGCAAACCGAGGCCAGUAUUAUCUGCAUCAGUUCGCGAAACAUCAGCCAGAUCUGAACUUCAGAAACCCUGUCGUUGUUGAUGAGUUGAAGACUAUAAUAAAAUUUUGGCUAGAGAAAGGUGUAGCCGGGAUGAAAAUGAGUUCCGUAAAUCAUUUGUUGGAAGUUGACAAGGAUAGUUUUGGUGGACGUUUUCCUGACGAACCCAGAUCAGGCAAAGUGGGGCUUGAAGAACAUGACUAUAAAUAUUUAAGCCACAUCUAUACUAAAGAUUUGAAGGAAUCAUAUGAUGUGGUAUCGCAGUUCAGAGAGGUUUUCGACAGCAUAGCUUUGAGGGAUAAUGUUACAAGGUUACUGUUGACGGAAUCCUCGCCGUCAAACAUAAAGAACUUGGUGAGAUAUUACGGAGAAUCCCAGAUUCCUGUAAACUUUGCACUUAUAGACGAUUUCCGUAAAGAAUCGGAUGCAAGGGAUUUGAAAUUUAUCAUUGACCGGUGGAUGACGUACAAACCGCAAGACAAACCAGCCAACUGGAUGAGUGGUAAUCAGGACAAGGCAAGAGUAGCCACGCGCUUGAGACCGGAGCUAGUUGAUGCCUUUAACAUGCUUGUUCUCUUGCUUCCUGGAGUUGCGAUAUCAUAUAUGGGAGAAGAAAUAGGGAUGCAGAAUGGGAAUGUGGCCUGGGUGCAAACUAAGGAUCCCCUUGCUUGCAAUACGGACGAUCCUAUCAACUUCGUUGAAGUUAACAGAGAUGGUGCGCGCACGCCGUACCAAUGGAGCUCCGAGCGUAAAGCUGGAUUCACCAAAGGCCACGAGACUUGGCUACCAAUAGGCGAAGGUUAUGAGAACCUUAACGCUGAAGAUCAGCGAUCGGCAGCCCAGUCCCAUUACUUAGUCUACAGGACACUCUCAAACCUUCGUAAGCGCCCGGCCUUCCGUGCAGGCCGUUUUGAGAGCAAGGCACUCAAUCGCGACGUGUUCGCAUUCAAGAGAUGGUACCAGGAUGAUACUUAUAUUGUAAUCGUGAAUCUUGGACGGUCUCUCAAUAUUGUCAAUUUAACAAGUUUUGAUCUGGUUUUUGGACAAAUGGAGGUCGAAGCCAGCAGUACACUCUCAUCCAGGUCUAUUAAUGACCAUAUUCAUGCAAAUCACGUGGAUUUAGCUGCUGAUGAAGCUUUGGUUCUACGGAUGAUGGUUUAAAUUUAUUAAGAGAUGAUAAUUCCAAAUAUAUGUAGAAUUAAUUAAAAUACUUUUACCCUUAAAGU